AUUUCUAGGACCCUAGAGAGGAUGUACCUGGGCGACCUGGCAGCUACAAUCAUCUGGAGCGAUAACCCGUGACGAUCCCCUUGCCAAAUGACGCAGCCAGGCUGGCCAACCAUUGGCUGCGACCUGGCAGGUCGCUCCGCAACCAGCGCCUCCCGGCUCAAGUCACCCGCAUCACUCUUCCCUACCCCCAGACCUCCUCUUUCCCCUGCUAUCCUCCAUCUCCUCUCCAUCGUUCUCUGUCUCUAUCAUCAUUUCUAUUCAUACGUGCAUCCAUCAGUUUUUUUGACCCAGCCCGUCAUAUCCCGCUGGGUAGCCGUUUCAGCCGUCGCCCAUUAUGAAGUCAGCCUCCUUGCUCACAGCAUCCGUGCUGUUGGGCUGUGCCUCCGCCGAGGUUCACAAGCUCAAGCUUAACAAGGUGCCUUUGGAAGAGCAGCUUUACACGCAUAACAUCGACGCCCAUGUCCGCGCUUUGGGCCAGAAGUACAUGGGUAUCCGCCCGUCUAUCCACAAGGAGCUGGUCGAGGAGAACCCUAUCAAUGACAUGAGCCGUCAUGAUGUUCUGGUGGACAACUUCCUGAAUGCACAGUACUUCUCUGAGAUCGAGCUGGGUACUCCCCCCCAGAAGUUCAAGGUUGUCCUGGACACUGGUAGCUCGAACCUUUGGGUUCCUUCGAGCGAAUGCAGCUCUAUUGCCUGCUAUCUCCACAACAAGUAUGACUCGUCUGCCUCGAGUACGUACCACAAGAACGGCAGUGAAUUCGCCAUCAAGUACGGCUCUGGCAGCCUAAGCGGAUUCAUCUCUCAGGACACCCUGAAGAUUGGCGACCUGAAGGUCAAGGGACAGGACUUCGCUGAGGCGACCAACGAGCCCGGUCUUGCCUUUGCCUUCGGCCGGUUCGAUGGCAUUCUCGGCUUGGGCUAUGACACCAUCUCCGUGAACAAGAUUGUUCCUCCCUUCUACAACAUGCUUGACCAGGGUCUUCUUGACGAGCCCGUCUUUGCCUUCUACCUUGGAGAUACCAACAAGGAGGGUGACGAUUCCGUGGCGACUUUCGGUGGCGUCGACAAGGACCACUACACUGGCGAGCUGAUCAAGAUCCCCCUCCGUCGCAAGGCUUACUGGGAGGUUGACCUUGACGCCAUUGCUCUUGGCGACGAUGUUGCUGAGUUGGAUAACACCGGUGUCAUCCUGGACACUGGUACUUCCCUGAUUGCUCUGCCUGCUGACCUGGCCGAGAUGAUCAAUGCUCAGAUCGGUGCUAAGAAGGGCUGGACCGGCCAGUACACCGUCGACUGCGACAAGCGCUCGUCCCUGCCCGACGUUACCUUCACCCUUGCCGGCCACAACUUUACCAUCACCUCGUAUGACUACACCUUGGAGGUGCAGGGCUCUUGCGUUAGUGCCUUCAUGGGCAUGGACUUCCCUGAGCCGGUUGGUCCUUUGGCCAUUUUGGGCGAUGCGUUCCUGCGCAAGUGGUACAGUGUGUAUGACCUUGGCAACAGCGCUGUUGGCCUGGCUAAGGCUAAGUAAGCUGGUUCUGCGGGUUGAUGUGGUAUCUAUGAUGCUGCUUUUGCUGUCAUCAUUGCUUCUUGUAGCUUGAUCUAUGAUUUUGGCAGACGAACACACGUAAUGUUGUGAAUGGUUAUCCUCAUGUUUGCAGCGGUUACCGGAUAGAUUCUAGGGAUCUUCAAUGGAAAGCCGGU